AUGGUUCCGCGCGGCGGCGCCGGCGCGGCCCGGACGGUGCUGGUGCUGGAGCUGGCGCAGGGGUCGCAAGCGUGGGCGCUUGCCCGCUGCGAGGCGGCGCUCGCGGCCUGCGAGAGCUGCCCCGCCACAGACGGGCCCGAGCCCGUGGAGUGGCCGUGGCCCUGGGGGCCGGUGAUCGCGCUGCUGGCGACGCAGCUGGUACAGGCUCGACCGGGCGAGAGAGUCCGCGUCGCGUAUGUGGAUGACGACGUGGACCACGAGCGCGUGCUCGUCUGGCCAGUGUCGGAGGCGUUGCGGUACGUGAUGUCGCCAGAUCGGGAUGUCUGGGUCGAGGACCUGACAGCGGCGGAUCACGCCACGGGGCCCUGCCGCUGUUGGCCGCUGGCCGGCGAGUGUCGUCGCACCGCGUUGCUGGAGCCGGGCUUCGUGGAAAGGCCGCUUCCGACCGAGGCCGAGAUCGGCGGGGCCUUCCACGAGCUGGACUGCGGGGCCAGUGGGGUUAGCGUCAUGGGGGCGCUCACGCCUCGGGUUCGCGGGGUCUGGAUGCUGCGCGAACCGCUGGGCCAGACGAGGUUCGGCGAGGUGAUCGAGCUGACAGAGCUGGAUCCCGUCUGGGGCGAUCAGGCGCUGUCCAAAGGCUCGGAUGGGCACGGCCGUGCGAGGCUCGUGGGCCCGAGCGACGUGGAAGCGCUUGCGGAGGGGCGACGCCAGCUGCUGCGAGACACGCUGGAGCUGCCAGCGAUCGCGGUCGCCGGGACCGGCGAGGCCGCGCCCUGGCGCAGCGAUCGGGCGCUGGCGUUGCGGGCUCCGUCGCACGCGCCGCCCCCCAAGGCCGCAGGCAGCGACGCGGGGGCUCGACCGGUGGAGGCAGAGGCUUGCCGGGCGGUCGCGGUGCCGAGGCGGCUGCGGCGCCUGAGGACGCGCGGACUCUGUGGAUCGACGUGGGCGUUUACGGGGAGCGCUGCAAGACGUGGAGGGAAUGUCGCCCGCGAGUCGUCGACCGAGGUGUACGACGACACGCCGCUCGAGGGUCCGUGCGCGGUGUUGCACCUGCUUAAGCACAUGGAGCGGUUCGGGGGUGACCCGAGGAACUGGGUUGACAAGUGGUGCUUGGAGGACCGCAUCGGGAAGUCGGACCGCACCUUUCACGAGCUGGAGACGCUCGUGGUGGCGCUGAUGACCGGCGGAAGCUUCGAGAAGAUCUGUCGGCGGGUGCAGCUCAUCAUCGACGCGCUCGCCGAGCCA